UAAAUUUGUGAAAAGUCGAUUAAAAUAAGAAACACUCUCUACUAAGAGUUUUUUUCAUUAUUCUUACCGUUCAAAUCUGAGCUACCUAAAAUGGAAGAGAAAAGCAAGAUUUUAAUAAUUGGAGGGACUGGUUACAUAGGAAAAUAUAUUGUGAAGGAAAGUGUAAAAUGUGGGCAUUCAACUUUCAUUUUGGUUAGAAAAAACACACUUGCAAAUCCAGAGAAAUCAAAAUUCAUAGACACAUUCAAGAGUAUUGGUGUUACACUAAUUUAUGGAGAUUUAUCCAAUCAAGAAAGCUUGAUUAAGGCAAUUAAGCAAGUUGAUGUGGUGAUUUCCACUGUUGGUGGAGGGCAAUUUGCUGAUCAAGAGAACAUAAUCAAUGCAAUUAAAGAAGCUGGAAAUAUCAAGAGAUUUUUUCCUUCAGAAUUUGGAUUCGAUGUGGAUCAUGUUGAUGCAGUUGAGCCAGCAGCAUCACAUUUUGCUCUCAAGGCCAAAAUCAGGAAUAUGAUAAAGUCACAAGGAACGAUUCCAUACACAUUUGUGAUCUCCAAUUGGUUUGGUGACUUCUUUUUGCCUAAUUUUGGUGACUUACAAGCCAAAACUCCUCCUAGGGACAAAGUGGUCAUUUUUGGUGAUGGAAACACCAAAGCAAUAUAUGUGAAGGAAGAAGACAUAGCCACAUACACUAUCAAAGCAGUAGAUGAUCCAAGAACUUUGAAUACAACUCUUCACAUAAGACCUCCUGCCAAUAUUUUGUCCUUCAAUGAGAUAGUGUCCUUGUGGGAAGAAAAGAUUGGCAAGACACUUGACAAGGUUUAUCUUCCAGAGGAAAAGAUUAUCAACAUCAUACAAGAGGGGCCUGAUCUUCCAUCAAGUGUCAAUUUGGCCAUAUGCCAUUCAAUAUUUGUUAAAGGAGAUUCUACAAACUUUGAAGUUGAUCCUUCUAUAGGAGUUGAAGCCACAGAGCUUUACCCAGAAGUCAAAUACACUACUGUCAAUGACUACUAUAAUAAAUUUGUCUAGAUUGUGUAUAUCAAAAUGAUUAAGUUGUUAAGUCGUCGAUCUAUCAAAAAUAGCUACUUUUAUGAUUUUAUUAUAUUAAGUAUGUCAAUUGUUGUGUAAUUUGGAUUAUAUUGUAGGAUAUUUUCUUUGUUAUGUAUCUAAUGACUAUUUUAUCUAAGGCUGAAUAUAUAGCCAACUCAUUAAACUUUCAA